AUGGACUCCAUGGUGGCCCGAGCAGUAGUUAUCUUCUGUCUAUGGUCAGUAGUACAGUCUAUGUACUAUCAUUCUUUUGAAAGAGAGGAGAAAUGUAUCAUAGAAGACAUCCCAACUGACAUGCUGGUCACAGGCCGAUACAAGGUACAGAAGUGGGACAUGGCUCAACAUGAUUUCCUCCCCUCAGCUCCUGGCCUGGGAAUGGUUGUCACCGUCAAAGAUCCAAAUGACGAGAUAUUACUGUCUAAAUUGUAUGGACCGGAUGGAAAAUUUACCUUCACCACACAUUCUUCUGGGCUCCAUUUUAUCUGUAUGCAGUCAAACUCUACAAAUCUAAUAGCAUUUGCUACAAGCAGACUGAGGAUACACAUGGACGUUCAAGUUGGGGAGCAUCCUUUGGAUUAUGCAAAAGUAGAUCCAAAGGACAAAGUGAAGGAAGUGUCAUAUGGUCUUGAACAUCUUCAAGGAGAAACUAAUCAUAUCAUCAAAGAGCAAGAAUAUCAAAGGGAACGUGAGGAAUACUACAGACAGAAGAGUGAAGACAUGAACAGCAAUGUCUUGUGGUGGGCGAUCGCACAAACCUUUAUCCUCAUGACUGUGGGCAUCUGGCAAAUCAAACAUCUCAAAGAUUUCCUUAUAGCCAAGAAAGUUGUGUAA